CGAGCCUCUGAGAGGCUGCCGGGCGGGGUGACGCACGGGCAGAAGUGCCCAAUGAAAGAGAUGCACCGUGCCCGGGACCGAAACCAGGCGAUGUAUAAAGUGGGCGUGCCCAGGAGCCUCUGAGAGCACCGGCUCUCCAGGGCUGGGCGCCCGCCUUGACCAAAUGGAGAAAAGGAAGCCGCGGGCCGUGGUGGAGCAGUCCCUGCGAACCGCCAGCUGCAAUGGGUACGCGCUGGCAGAGAAGCAGCCGCCUCUUCAGCGGAGUCGCUCGGGAGAAGCGCCGUCCCGUAGCUGGAAGACCGCGGCUGGUGGGCAUCCUUUAGAGAGCUGGAAGGAAGAGCGGACCCGCAGCGAAGAGGACAACGAAAUGAACUUGCCCGGCCUGGCUGCCGCUUACACCACCAUCCUGAGUGCCUUGGGCGAGGAUCCGCAGCGCCAGGGGCUGCUCAAGACGCCCUGGAGGGCGGCCACGGCCAUGCAGUACUUCACCAAAGGCUAUCAGGAAACCAUUACAGAUGUACUUAAUGAUGCCAUAUUUGAUGAAGACCACGAUGAGAUGGUGAUUGUGAAGGAUAUAGAUAUGUUUUCAAUGUGUGAACAUCACCUGGUUCCAUUUAUUGGAAAGGUGCAUAUAGGUUACCUUCCCAACAAACAAGUCCUUGGGCUCAGCAAGCUUGCAAGGAUUGUGGAAAUAUAUAGUAGACGAUUACAAGUUCAGGAACGCCUUACAAAACAAAUUGCUGUUGCCAUCACAGAAGCCUUGCAGCCUGCUGGAGUUGGGGUGGUGAUUGAGGCAACGCACAUGUGUAUGGUGAUGCGAGGGGUUCAGAAAAUGAACAGUAAGACUGUAACCAGCACCAUGCUUGGAGUAUUCAGAGAAGACCCAAAGACUCGUGAAGAAUUUUUGGCCCUCAUCCGUAGCUAAAACCGUGCCAUCUAUCUUCCUUCCUGGACUGUCUUCUCUAGCAUUGAUGUUAAUUCUUUUGCUGUUUGUGUUGGUCCUUCUCUUUUUGAAAAAGUAACAGUCACUUUAACAUUUCUGAAGUUCUACUGUGUUGGUGGUAAGAUCAACAUGUACUUUCUUUGUUCAUAUGGUUCCUUAUGUCAUUGGACCAUAAAAAUCCUGGAAAUAUUUUCUCAAUCUAUGUUAUGUGACUGUUUUAAGGCAAAUAUGCAGUGGCUAUGUGUUUUUGUGUGGGCUUAGUCGGAUUGUUCUUGUCAAAGUCAUCUGAAGUGUUUGAAGGACAUAUCCCCACUGAGACAGAGAAACCCUUUGCCCUAAUGUCCAGCAAAUUUCUCCAUCCAUUUCCAAGGUCAAGAAAGAUGGACAAAGGAAUCAGAGGCUUUUUCAUAGUCUAAAGGUUAAAGAGAGGGCGCUACUUCCUUACCACCUGAUCUUUUCUUUUACAGAGAAUGAUUGAGCCAUACUUUCAUCCCCCCAAAUUAGGGGUUGAUCAUUCAUUCAUUCAUUCAUUCAUUCAUUCAUUCAUUCAUUCAUUCAUUCAUUCCUGUUCCUUGUUUAAGAGCAACUUGUACCACCACUUCCUCGGCCCUCUAUUUUGUACUUCUGUUGCAGCUAGCCCAAUUCUUACUUUUGCAAUCUCUUUUACUUCUUUCAAAAGUUUGGCCCCACCAUUUCCUCAGGUGAAUAAGGUUCUGUUGCCUUUGCUCAGAUGUCUCUCCAAUCUCAGGCAAGUAGAAGUCAACUCCUUCUAUCAAUUUCCAAUGAUGAAAUGAGAAUUAUGGGCCUUCUCAGAGAGGGAAGGAAAAUCUGGACAUGGUUAGAUUGUGUUCAUUACUGGUACAAUAGGAUUUUUUUUUGUUCUGAAAGAGCCAGAGUCUGAAAUCUUGAGAUACUCAUGUUAAUCUCAUCCUAAUGCAGGAAACUGGGUAGCAACUGCUUUUCUUGGAAAGGAGUUGUUUAAACAAAAGAGAUUUGGCAAAAACUCUGGCACUGAAGAGAAAAAAAUAAGUCAUAGGUUUGCCUGGAGUUUAUUUCACUAAUGGGACAAGAUACAAAAUGGAAUUCCUUUUGAGGCGAUGGGAACAGAAUUACCGGUGUGAACAAACCCAGCCUUCCUGCAUAAACUGGGUCUAAGUUUCCAGGCUUGUUAGGAAUUCUGCGAGUUGUAGUUUCAACACAUUUGGAAGACAAGAUGGGCUGUCCUCAGGCAUCCAGUACUGAUUACAUUUUGAUAGGAUUGGAACAUGGUAUUUUUCACUUAUAUGAAACUGAUUUAGAUGUUCUUUUUAGUAAACUAUAGUAAAUUUUUACCACAUGAUUUCUGUUCAAUGAAGGCUAUGAUUAUACUCUGGACACUAUAACAUGGUUUAUAUUCUAUAUUGCACUAUUUUCAAGACUUGCAUUCAAGUAAAAACGAUUUAAGUUACUUCUUGGAUGUCAGCCCUACAUUGUUUACAACGUGGUGCCAAUUUCAGACCUCCUCCAGCCUGAGAUUCUGCAUCUUUGCUAUAACAAGCCUUGACAGGAACAUUUUGAACAGAAUCAGUUUUCAAACUAAUAGGAAAUAAAGAAUAUCUGGAGGCUGUAUUUAGCAGCCAAUUCCUUAUUUGUCUUCAGUUUUUCUAUUUGUCUUUUUACUGUAUCCUGUUCAGAAGUGAGUUUGUAAGCUAAAACUAUGUGGAGGAGAACACAAGGAUCUCUGGUAAAAUACAGAGUUUUGCCUUCCUGAUCCCCUCCUGGGUACUGGAUAAUAUUAUAGACUGUUUCCUUGGCAAAGUUAGCAACUGCUCUCUCCUCCUGUGGCCCUUGGCAAGUUCCCAUCAUCGGGAGGGGAAAGCAGAUAUUUAGAUUACGAAGCAGACAGUCUGCACAGCUCUAGUGGGUUCUGGUUGUUUGUGUGAAGGAGUUUGAAGGAUCUGCCUCAACUCAGUUCUGCCCAUAAAAACGCCAAAAUGCUCAACUGAAUUCAGCCUUACCCAAUCAACAUCCAGAAUUUCAUGUUCUUAGACAAUUUGCAUAAUGUAAUUUGCUCAGUCAUAGUAGGAGAGAAGGAGCUGUGUAUGGCACAGAGCUCCUUAUUUCCAGAUAUUUUGUUCAUUGUCCCUUUGGGGUUUGGGGAUGUCAUCAUCCAUUGCUUAGUUUGCAAGUAUUUCUUUGCUGCAUUAACUCAAAUUCUCCUGGAGCUGACUUCAACAUGCAAUUCUUAAAUGGGUUACUGUUGGAUCCAUGGCAGGAUACCCAGAUAUAGCAUGCAGAAACUCCAGCCAAUGAUGCCUUUCUAACAAAUGCUGUCUUCUAGGGAAGUGGGUGUUAUUUCACUUCCACACUUCAAUUUUAGGCAUCUUUCUAACCCAGGAUGGGCAACCUACAGUUGCAGACACCUGAUUUCUGUUUAUGACUUUCAGAGCUUCCUGGCCAUGAUGGUUAAACCUGAAGGCCAAGUCUCCUGCAGUUUGAUACAGGAUACAUGAAAACUGCUACUAUACAAGCUCUAAAAUAGGCAAUAUUGCUAUAACCACACCCUCAUCCACCUCACUCUUACAUGAUAUAGCCCCACUCUCUUUUUGCUCCUACGCCCCAUCUCAGUUAUAAAUGCAAUAUUGGACAGCAGAGUUGUCCACUUCUGAAAUAGGUAUUUAGUUCUUGUUUUGAACAGUUUCUUCCUUCACCCUACAGUCCUCAGCAGAUGAGAGAUUGAGAAACGUUCACACAUGGGAGUUGUGAGCAUAGCAACCCUAGUUUCUACAAAUAUGUUUUGUGGUGUCCAAAGUAGGUCAAGCUCCCUUCCCUCUUGUGUAACUGGAAUGUCAUGAAAAGCUGCUUACUGGAACUGAUCUCAAUAAUUGCCUUCUGAAUGGAAAACGUAUUAAGAAAGUUUUACAACCACUCUAAUUAGAGAAAGAUGGGAUCAGACCCAUGCCUACUUUAUGUGAGAUGCUUUUUUCACUUUGUCCAUUGGGCAAAGCUGCCUUUUUAGCUGGACCUGGUUGAAACAAGAGUGAGGCGCUGCUGUCUUGCCAUUUUGAUUGUUGGCUUUUUGGAUUAGCUACCAUGGAAAGCAAGGAUGAAGCAGCAGCAUUGGUGGAGGAAGCGUGGGUCAAAAACUGCACAAUGGCAGAUGUAGUAUCACAAUCCAAACCUUGCUGCUUUUGCAUAUGGAUCGGUGCAUUCAUGUACAAAAUGGAAAAGACCUUGCAGAUGUUGUCACCUGUGGUCAUUGCUGGGAUGGUGGACAGAAUUUUGCAGCAUUGGCAGAGCCAAUAUUUAAGGAUUUUUUUGGGGGGGGGGAAUUGGCUGAUGGGGGGGGGUUGAGGCCAAUGCAGAGGUUUAAAUUAUCCCUUGCAUCCUUUGAAAUUAUGAUUAUCCUAGAAUCCAGCCAACGUUCCUAUUUUGGAGAAAGCUUUAAAAGGCAAAACGGAUGCUGUAAGACUUUCCUUCUUAAUUUGCCAAUUCCCCCAAAUCAUGAAAAAAAAAUCCACCAUAGACUCUGGUGAGGUCACAUCAUUAACCAAAUUCCCCAUGGUCACCAGUGAUGGUAGGACAUUAGAGCAUGAUUCCCAGGUUGCCCAUCCUUGGACUAGGCCAAUGCUUUGGAUUAAUCCAACAAAGGCUCUGUUUAAUUUUCUUGCAGAUCAGUCCAAGGAAUAUGUAGAGAUUUGCAGAAAUUUUCACCAAUUUUCUUUGUUUUGCCUUUUUUCCAAGAAUCACAUCUGGGUUUCCCCCAUUUUAUUAUCUGGGAGAUUAAAAGCAAUUUCCCGGCUUGACUGAAGUUUUGAGCCUAAACAUCUCUGAUUUGUACACUACGUCCCUCUAGUCUAGGUUAUUUUACAAAUUGCACUCUGUCUCAAAGGCCUAAAAUUGCCCUGUGAAAAUUGGGAGAAAGUGACUUGGUCAGUCUGAAAAGUUCAAAUCGUUGCACCUGUGCUUGAAACAGGAAGAGGAAAUAGCUGUAUCCAACUAGUCCCUCCCUCCCUCCCUCCCUCCCUCCCUCUCCAGCAAUCCUUCCGACAUACCUCUUAACUGGUACCUGGAUGCAUCCUUAAUAGCAUUACUUCCUCUCUUGCAUAGUUUGAAAGUGCAUAAGGGAUGCAAAGAAGUCGAUUUCCAUUCCUUUCCCUGGAAGAAAGGAAAUUCCAAGUGGCUUGUUCUCUUUGUGGCCUUAAUGUAUUGAGAUCCUUUGGCCCAGUGAAUCUUAUUUAUAAUUUUUGUGAAGUCUCUCUCUUGUCCCUUACUGUCUUUAUACUGCCAAACUUAUGUAUGUUCAUGUAAGUAUGUGUUUAUCCAAAUAUGUAUAUGUACAUGUAUGUAAAUCAUAUGCAAUUUGCUGUUGUCUCCCUUCAAAUUCUGGCCUAUUUAUAGUAUUAAAAUGCAGUGUUGAUUACUUUCG